AUGUCCAGGUUGGACACCAGCGUCCUGCGCCUCCGGCAAAUUGAAGAAGUGCGUCAGGUGGGUUCGUACAAGAAGGGCACCAUGACUACAGGACACAACGUCGCCGACCUUGUCGUCAUCCUGAAAAUCCUCCCAACAUUGGAAGCCGUGGCUGCUCUUGGUAACAAAGUUGUGGAGACCCUUCGCACCCUGGACCCCACAGAAGUCCUCUCCAUGCUGACCAAUGAGACGGGCUUUGAGAUCAGCUCAGCUGAUGCUACUGUCAAGAUCCUCAUCACCACCAUUCCACCCAACCUGCGCAAGCUGGACCCAGAGCUUCACUUGGACAUUAAGGUUCUGCAGAGCGCUCUGGCUGCCAUCCGCCACGCCCGCUGGUUUGAGGAGAACGCCUCUCAGUCAACGGUCAAGGUCCUGAUCCGGCUUCUGAAGGACCUCCAGCUGCGUUUCUCUGGUUUUGAACCUCUGACUCCAUGGAUUCUGGACCUGCUGGGUCACUCUGCCGUGAUGAACAACCCGUCCAGGCAGCCCCUGUCCCUGAAUGUGGCCUACAGGCGCUGCCUUCAGAUGCUGGCUGCCGGCCUCUUCCUGCCCGGCUCUGUGGGCAUCACCGACCCCUGUGAGAGUGGAAACUACCGAGUUCACACAGUCAUGACUCUGGAGCAGCAGGACAUGGUGUGUUUCACAGCGCAGACACUGGUGAGGGUGCUCUCCCAUGGAGGUUACAGGAAGAUCCUGGGCCUGGAAGGAGAUGCCAGCUAUCUGAUGACAGAGAUGUCCACGUGGGACGGCGUGCUCGUCACUCCCUCAGAGAAGGUCUAUAAGAAACCUCUGGAGAGGAAGGAGGAGGAGGACGAAGCUCUGGAGGAGGGAGCAGACGAAGAGGACGAGAGCAUGGAGACCCAGGAGUAAAGAGUGGAUCUGUUACCUGUCUGAAGUCCGUCGUCCUGGAGGAACCAACAGAAGAGCUCACCUGGAAGACCAGUCUCUUUAAAGUUUUCAUUAGUCUUGUUUUUGUGAUGUUUUCACCUGACCUUGUUUUUCUUCUUCCUUUUUGUAAA